AUGUCCACGACCGCUACCAGUGCCCCAGGUUCACCCCCCGACCUGUCGGGCUCUCGAUCCUCCAAAUCCUCCUCUUAUUCCUCCACCUUUUCCAGUCCCGACGGCUUGGAGGCAGACAUAAUCAACUUCGAGGAUAUUGGUUUGGAGGACGACAAACAUGUACCGCCCAGAUAUUUUCAUUCCCGCGACGUCUCAAUGCAGUCCGUAGGCUCUCAACACGAACUGAUGAAGAUGAAAGACGCGGGCCCGGGGGAGAAGAGGCCUACACUUCCACAAAUACAGACUCAAGUCUCAUUACCAGGGUCUAAGCACGACUCUGCACCGCCACGAGCGGCUGGCUCAAGAGUGGCAGCAUUCAAGCGCGGAUUCACUAGCCCGGAGGCAUUCUAUGCUUCCAGCAUGAGAACCAGAUCAUCUUCCCCCCCAGAACGAAGGAAUAUCGCAUCCUUCUCAACUCCCUCGCUCAGUGCGGGCGGUCUUCAACCUAUCCCUCAAUCUCCGGCGCACUCGCUGGGACUGCAAGCUAGGCGUGCCUCGUGGCAACCCCAGAGGAAAACCGUCAAAGAAUUGGAGGCAGAAUACCAUGAUUCCGACGACGAGCUUCCUGAGGACGCAAGUUUGUGGAAUGUCCCCGUGUCGCCUCACGCUGCAGGACAAAGGUCGCAUCGCUCCAGCUUUCGUGGAAGCCCGGAGAGAGACCAGCCAGCUCCAAGUCCGCGCCCAAUACCCCUGGAACAUGCGAGAACGGUCCCGGAAGCGCCUCCGCGGCCCGGACGCCACCCACAGAGCCUACCAAAGAACAGAGUUCCACCAAGGUCGGUUUCACUCACGCCCACGACGUCAAACCCGUCGUCCCCGCGGAAGGCUGGCCAUGCUCUUGCCGGCAGAACAAAGUCGUGGAACAUCGCAAUGGCCGACUUGAGUGAGGAGGCAAGAAUCAUUUCAGAGGCGUUGGAAUAUCAUGCUGAGGCGAAAGAACAAGAGCGGCUUGAAAGAGCGAUUCGGGCAGGUUCGUCAAGAGGCAGCCCCGAAACCUCGAUGGACCGCGGUUCGAGAUCCUCAUCUAUCCAGCUUCCUCCAGUUCAGAAGAGUGCGUUGGAUUUUAUGCCGAUUUCCAAGGAGAAGGAGGCCAUUCUGUCACGAACACGACCAUCCUGGUUGCCACCAAAAGAUCCAAAGGAGGAGAGACGGCAUCUGAAAGAAUACCAACGAAUGAUGGCGGCAUCAAUUGAGGCCGAAAAGAAACGCCGAACAAAGCUGCAGGUCCAGCAAUGCGAAAAGGAUGAUACGAGGGAGUCUUUGAACCGCAUCUGGAAUUAUUACGUCGACGAGACAACAGAUAUCACGUCCAUCGAUAAACGAGUCAAUGAUCUCUGCUGGCGCGGAGUCAGUCCGAAUCUUCGCGGAAAGGUUUGGCAAAGAGCUGUGGGAAAUUCUCUUGGACUCACUGUCCAGAGCUAUGAGAAAGCCUUACAACGAGCAAAGGAAAUCAAAAAGCGAAGUGGUGGUCAGCUUGGCCGAGACGAGAAGAGUAUGGAAAGAUGGUUUGUCGAUAUCGAACGAGAUGCUGAGACGGCAUUUCCUGAACUCAACCUAUUCCAAAGGCACGCACCACUCUGGCAGGAUCUCAUCGAUGUUUGCGAGGCGUAUGCGUGUUACCGGAGCGAUGUGGGGUACAUUUAUGGGAUUCAACUUAUUGCCGCAUUACUGCUAUUACAGCUAUCAACCCCAGCAGACGCCUUUAUCCUUCUUGCCAAUUGUCUUAACCGUUCGGUACCAUUGGCAUUCCAAACCGAUGAUACCACCACUACCAAUCGCACUUAUAAUCAUGCUGUGUCGACUCUGGGAAUCAAGUUUCCACGUCUGUACGAAUAUUUGUUUGGGUCCGUCGAGCAAGGAGGUCUGGGUUUCCGCGGCGAGGAAGUUUUUGAACCGAUGCUCCGGACAAUCUUUUCAAACGGCCUGGAUGUCGACCGCCUCAGUCGGAUCUGGGAUAUAUGGAUUUUUGAGGGCGACCGGACACUGGUCAAUGCGGCUGUGGCUGUCCUGGGCAGUCUCCAGCAGCAACUCUUCGACAUUCAGGGCGAUACGGACUUGAAAAGACGCAACAUUCAGGAAAUGUUGGGAUGGGGUCCGUUCAAUCGUCUUCCUCAGUCGGGACACUGGAACCUACAGUCGGUCGGAGAUGAGGACAAGUUUGUCGAAGAAGUACGCCUUGCGGGAACCCUCGACUACACCGGCAAAUAA